AUGUCGCGGGAUAGCCCCCAUCACGAAAUACACUGGGUAGACCAAAACUCGCGGGAGUUUCAGGCAAGGUCCGAACGAUGGCUGGUUAGGGACACCUCAUCCGUCGGCGCUCACGAUACAAUGCCGUCGGAAUGGCAACGGCACGGUAUCCAGCUUCCUGAGCGCGCUGACGGUUUCCACACGACUACUUCGAAACGUGAUACGCUGACGCGUCGGCGCCGGACGCAAGCAUCUACCAAAGAAGGCGAGUCCGAGAGCCACGAGGUGUUCAAGAAGGCCAAAGAUGGCGUCGAUUUCCGGAACGUCAGCUGGCCCCGGACCACUACCAUCUUCCUCAAGCUCAUCUUCGCCACUGGUGUGCUGAGUAUGCCGACAGCCAUGUACAGCCUUGGAGCUAUACCGCUGUCAUUCAGGGAGACUUCAAGGCAAGGCAUCCCGAAUGCCACUCUCUCGCCGAUAUGGGCGGGUUUCUUUUCGAUCUUCAUUGCCGUACUCAUCGUCGUGAUCGCCGUUACCGCAGUCGACAGGCCAGCUGCGGCACGUCAACAAGGCGGUUUCGAGCUCGGAUACUACGUGAUCGCUCAACCGACCUUCGCCGAACGGAUGACUGCGACGGCUACGGUCUUCCUGUCCAGUGCUGGAACGUCGGCGUUCCUCACAGUCAACUCUGAAACGGGAAAUCCCCAGGACUAUCGAAAGGCGCUCUACCUCUGCAUGGGGCUUGUUCUCUGCAUGUACCUGUCUUUCUCACUGGUUGUCUACCGAUGGACAGGCCAGUGGGUCGUCAAACCCUCGUUAUGA